GGGGUCAACUGCGCCUGCGCGCCGGCCUCGCCUCCUCCUGCUGUUGCUGCUGCUGCUCGCUCGUGGCCCGUCAUGAACUCCGAGAACUUCCAGGCCGGCGAGAGGCUGGUGAACGCGGCCUACGUGCGGCAGGGAUGGCAAGGCCGCCGCGCGCACGAGCUGCGAGUGCGGACGCUGCUGGAACAGGGCAAAUGUCCUGAAGAUGGAUGGGACGAAAGCACAAUUGAACUCUUUCUUCAUGAACUUGCAAUUAUGGAUAGCAAUAAUUUCCUGGGCAAUUGCGGUGUGGGUGAGCGAGAAGGAAGAGUUGCGUCCCAAAUAGUGGCUCGGAGACAUUACAGGUUGAUUCAUGGGAUCGGGAGGUCCGGAGACGUCGCAGCGGUCCAGCCCAAAGCAGCAGGCUCCAGCCUCUUGAACAAACUGACGAAUUCGGUGGUCUUGGAUGUUUUAAAGUUGGCUGGGGUCAAGGCCGCCAGCAGCUGCUUCGUGGUUCCCAUGGCAACCGGCAUGAGCCUCACUUUAUGUUUCUUAACGCUUCGGCACCGAAGACCAAAGGCCAGGUACAUUCUCUGGCCUCGCAUCGACCAGAAAUCCUGCUUCAAAUCCAUGGUUACCGCAGGUUUUGAGCCAGUGGUGAUAGAAAAUGUUUUAGAAGGAGACGAGCUACGAACCGAUCUCCAGGCAGUGGAAGCUAAAAUCCUGGAUCUUGGGGCUGAUCGCAUUCUCUGUCUUCAUUCCACUACAUCCUGUUUUGCUCCAAGGGUACCUGACAGAUUGGAGGAACUGGCUGAGAUCUGCGCCAAGCACGACGUCCCCCACAUCGUCAAUAACGCGUACGGAGUUCAGUCUUCCAAGUGCAUGCACCUCAUUCAGCAGGGUGCCCGAAGAGGCCGGAUCGAUGCGUUUGUACAAAGUUUGGACAAAAAUUUCAUGGUUCCAGUAGGUGGCGCUGUCAUCGCUGGCUUCAGUGACGCCUUCAUACAGGAAAUCAGCAAAAUGUAUCCAGGUAGAGCUUCGGCUUCUCCUUCCUUAGAUGUGCUCAUUACAUUGCUGAGUUUGGGCACCAAGGGAUACCGGCAACUUCUUCGAGAAAGAAAGGAAAUGUUUUCUUACCUUUCAACGGAGGUGAAAAAAUUGGCAGAAAGCUACGACGAAAGACUGUUGGAUACCCCGCACAAUCCUAUCUCUCUAGCCAUGUCACUGAGAGAACUUGACGAACAAAACCCUGAAGCUGUCACGCAGCUCGGAUCCAUGCUUUUCACCAGACAAGUUUCCGGAGCAAGGGUGGUGUCUCCUGGGACCCUACAAACCGUGAGUGGAUAUACCUUCAAAGGUUUUAUGGCCCACACAGACCAGUAUCCUUGCUCCUACCUCAAUGCUGCCUCGGCCAUUGGGAUGAAGGCAGAAGACGUGGAGAUGUUUGUGAAAAGGCUGGAUAAAUGUCUGAAGGCUCUAAGAAGAGGAAAGGGCCUUCAAGAUGGACCACUGCCGAACGUAGAUAUGGAUUCCGAGAUGGAAAAAUGCGAGAUAGACGAAGGAGACACCCAGCCUUAGAUUAUCCCGAAAAUGAACUUCCAUUUUAGAAUGAUUUUUUUAUUUAAAUUUAGUAAAAUAAUCAGGUGAAUCAACUCAGGGCCUCCUCCUCCCAUUGUCCCAUUGAAAUGAAUAAAGAGAUCAUUUUGCUCCUUCA